AUGGAGGCCAAAACGGCAAUCGCGGUUUUCAAUCAAGGAAGCAACGAGUCCUUAAAUGAUGCUUGGGAAAGAUUCAAAUCCAUGCUUAGAAAAUGCAAGGGUCACGGUUUUGAUGAUCUCACACAAAUUCACAUCUUCCGCAAUGGACUUCAACCGGUGCAUAAGACACUUUUGGAUGCUACCGCGGGUGGAUCUUUAAUGUCAAAAAGCACGGAGGAUGCAAUAAUGAUAAUCGAUCGUAUGGCACUCAAUGAUCUCCAAACUCAACAUGAUAGGAGUCCAUCACAAAGGAAGCCGGGUGUUCUCGAAUUAAACACCAAUGAUGCCAUCCUUGCUCAAAACAAGAUUCUCUCUCAACAAGUUGAGUUACUCACUAAGCAAAUGUCGAAGCUUCCACAACAAAUGAAGGAAAUUCAUGGGAUGCAAAUGACUUCUCACGUGGCAAGUUGUGAACUUUGUCAAGGUUAUCAAAGGCAACCUCCACCUCACAAUAAUCCGUACCAAAGAAACAACCAAGGAUUUCAACCCUCAAGAUUCAACAAAGGUCAACAAUCUCAAGGUGGGAGCUCAAAAUUGGAAGACACUCUUACACAAUUCAUGCAAGCAUCCAUGGCUAACCAAAGGAGCAAUGAAGCGGCCAUAAAGAACUUAGAAACUCAAGUGGGUCAACUUGCAAAGAAAUUGUCCGAACAACAACCGGGAUCUUCUUUUCCCGCCAGCACUCAAACAAAUCCAAGGGAGCAUUGCAAAGCCAUUGUGACAAGAAGUGGUAAAGAGAUAAAUGGUGGAAUAGAUGGAGGUGUUAUAGUGGAAGAUGAUGAGGAAAUAAUAGUUGAAAACCAAAAGGGUGAGGUGGUAGUUGAAGAUGAGGGAGAAAAGAGUGAGGAGAAAGUGGAGGAAGAAUUAGUUGAAAAAGAGCGGAAAGAAAAAGAAGGAAGAGAGAAAAAUGACAAAAAAGUGAAGAGGAAUAAAAAGAGAAAUGAGAAUAAAAAGAAGUACACGGAUGAAGAGACAGUUGUGCUUGAUGCUCAUUGUAGUGCAAUUAUUCAAAAAACUCCCCCAAGAAAGGAAGCCGAUCCGGGACGAGUCAUUUUACCGAUCACCAUUGGAGGUAACUACAUUAGUAAUGGUUUGGUUGAUUUGGGGUCUAGCAUCAAUUUAAUACCUUUAUCCGUUGUCAAGAGAUUGGGGAACAUUGAGAUGAAACACACCAGGAUAACUUUGCAACUAGCCGAUAAGUCUAUCAUUUCACCAUAUGGAGUUGUACAAGACAUGCUGCCUCCUAAGGAUGAACAUGACAACUUUCGAAUCGAUGAUGAAAAAGGAGAAAUCAUUGAGGUGGCGAAUCAAUUUCACAAGGACAAGGAGAAGGCAAAUCAUGAGGGAAAGACUCAUCACAAAAACUUUGAAGUUGGACAAAUGGUGCUAGUGUGCAAUUCAAGACUCAAGGUGUUUCCUAGUAAAUUAAAGUCAAAGUGGUCGGGGCCAUUUGUUGUGAAAGAGGUGCGAAAUUAUGGAUUCAUUGUGGUGGAGGACCCUAAAACACAAGAAAGCUGGACUGUAAAGGAACAAAGACUCAAAGGCUACCACGAUGGAUAA